CUCUUUUUCUAUCUCUUCCUUCGUUCUCUUCUUCUUCAUCACUCUUGUUUUGCGCGUGUGAGAUAUGUGAUGCGAUACACGGGCUCUAACCAUUCCAAUGGCUCUCGUCGACCAUGGACGGUGAUUUUAUUUCCAUUUCUCCAUUCGCGUCACGGGAAUAUCUCUCCAGCGUCGACGCAGUCCACGAGCACACGGGCUUUGCUCGCCUCCUCUGACUGCUGAAGGAUAUUUUCGCAUGUCGAGAGACUGAAGAGACACUGAGAGCACGUUCAAUGCCGUUGGAACAUGUCAUAUGUUCCCUUUCAAGAUGCGAGGUAUGCCGUUCCCCCGUCCUACAGACCCCAGCCGUCGUUCGCUGCUGCUCCGUCAUACGAGCAGGCCGACUGGAAUCCUCGUCUGGGUGUGAUCAGUGGAAAUCAGCUCUACAUGUUGGACCAGGAGGAGGUUCACCCUUUGUUGAUGCGCGAGCGGCGCUCCGAGUCGCACAGGAACAAGCUGCUGCGACGGACGGUCAGUGUGCCUGUGGAGGCCAGGCACCAUCCUGAAAUGGACCACGCUCGGCUCCGGCGGAAAAGCAUCGCCACUGGGAAGCAGCCAAGCAUGGAGAUCCCACCCACUGCCCCCCCACAACCCUUCCGACAAUCCAGUUUCCUCAGUAGAAGACUGAAGGGGUCCAUUAAACGGGCCAAGAGUCAGCCCAAACUGGACCGAACCAGCAGCUUCCGCCACAUGAUCCUCCCUCGCUUCCGCAGUGCCGACCAGGAGCGGACUCGUCUGAUGCAGAGCUUCAAAGAAUCACACUCCCAUGAGUCUUUGCUGUCUCCCAGCAGUGCAGCCGAGGCCUUGGAUUUGACACUUGAUGAAGACGCCAUCAUCAAGCCUGUUCAUUCCAGUAUACUGGGACAGGAGUACUGUUUCGAGGUGAUAACUGCUUCAGGAACAAAGUGUUUUGCCUGUCGGUCGGCUGCGGAGCGAGACAAAUGGAUCGAGAAUCUACAGAGAGCUGUCAAACCAAACAAAGACAACAGUCGGCGCGUCGACAACGUCCUGAAGCUGUGGAUCAUUGAGGCCCGUGAACUCCCACCCAAAAAGCGCUAUUAUUGUGAACUGUGCUUGGAUGACAUGCUGUACGCUCGCACCACCAGCAAACCCCGUACCGACACUGUCUUCUGGGGUGAGCACUUUGAGUUCAACAACCUGCCUGCUGUCCGCAACCUCCGCCUUCAUCUGUACAAAGAGACGGACAAGAAGAGACGCAAGGAGAAGAGCACAUACCUGGGCUUGGUCAGCAUCCCCAUUUCCAGCAUCACCGGCCGUCAGUUUGUGGAGCAAUGGUACCCCGUCAUUCAGCCCAGUGUUCUGGCCAAGGGUGGCGGCGUUGGAGGAGGGAAGAUCAUCAACGCCUCGCUGCGGCUCAAGUCACGUUUUCAGACGAUGAGCAUCCUGCCGAUGGAACUGUACAAAGAGUUCGCAGAGUACGUCACAAACAACUACCGGACGCUGUGUGCAGUUCUGGAGCCCCUGCUGAGUGUCAAGAGCAAAGAAGAAGUGGCCUGUGCUCUGGUGCACAUCCUGCAGAGCACAGGGAAGGCCAAGGAUUUUCUGUCAGACAUGGCGAUGUGCGAGGUGGAUCGCUUCAUAGACCGCGAGCACCUGAUCUUCAGAGAAAACACCCUGGCCACCAAAGCCAUAGAAGAGUACCUCAAACUCAUCGGACACAAGUACCUCAAGGAUGUUUUAGGUGAUUUUAUCCGAGCGCUGUAUGAAUCAGAGGAGAACUGUGAAGUGGACCCGAUGCGAACUCCACCUUCAAUACUGCCCGAACAUCAAGCCAACCUCCGGAUGUGCUGUGAGCUCGCCCUCUGCAAAAUCAUCAACUCAUAUUGUGCGUUCCCCCGAGAACUGAAGGAAGUGUUUGCAUCAUGGCGUGUUCGCUGUGCUGAGAGAGGAAGAGAAGACAUUGCGGAUCGACUGAUCAGCGGCUCCCUCUUCCUGCGUUUCCUCUGUCCAGCCAUCAUGUCUCCAUCUCUGUUCAACCUCACGCAGGAAUAUCCCGAUGAGCAGACCUCACGAACACUCACACUCAUCGCCAAAGUGGUGCAGAACCUUGCAAACUUCUCCAAGUUUGGCAGUAAGGAGGAGUACAUGUCCUUCAUGAAUGAGUUUCUGGAGAUGGAGUGGGGCUCCAUGCAGCAGUUUCUCUAUGAGAUCUCCAAUCUGGACAGUGUUAGCAAUGCUGGGGCCUUCGAAGGCUACAUUGACCUGGGUCGCGAGCUCUCCAUCCUGCACAGUCUGCUCUGGGAGGUCAUGGCUCAGCUGAGCAAGGAUGCCAUCAUCAAACUUGGACCAUUGCCCCGCCUCCUCAAUGACAUCAGCAUGGCCCUCCGCAACCCUCACCUGCAGAGGCAGCCCAGUCAUCAGACAGACAGACAGCCAGCAGAGAGACAGACGGACCGACUUCUCUCCCGACCCAGCUUCAACAGGGGCGUCUCGUCUGAGUUCCAGAAUCUUAUGAUGAGAGACCUCAACAGUUCAGUGGAGAUCACUCGUCUGCCCUCUCCAACCUCCGCCAUGUCCAGCGGUGGAGCUCCUCCAUCCCGUCCAGGAAUGGCUGGGUUUGCGGACCGCGAUCAUCCUCACCGAGCCUCGUCUAAAGAUGUUUUCUAUGGUGCCCGUCCCCCACUGGCCCGCUCCAGUCCAGCGUACUGUACUAGCAGUUCAGAUAUUACUGAUCCAGACCCAAAGGACUCCAGAAUGAACAGCGUCUCUAACCUGCAGUCUAUGGGGGACAUGCUCAACUCUUCCCAGGCCUCGAUUGCCGGCCUCGGCAGCUACGGUGGGCUCGCAGGCUUGGGUGGAGGCCUCGGAGGUCAGCUGCGAGCCGGAGGGCGUAUGUCGGCCGGAUCCGGCGGUUCCAGUAUGUCCGGGGGUCUGAGGUUGAGCCAGCUGAGCCAGAUGGGAACCACUACCGACUCCCUGUCCCAGCAGCAGCAGCAGCAGGCCGCCGCCCUCCGCUUCCCCCUGUCCUUCCAGAACCCUCUGUUCCACCUGGCUGCUGACGGACCGCAGCUUCACCACCAGCACAGUCGAGCUCAGCCUCCUCCUCCACUCCUGCUGGCCCCAGAGCCGGACGGUUCUCACCCCACUUAUAUCCCGCAGUUUGCACAUGGUGGUUUCUCACGAAGCGAGGACCUCUCCACCCUCAGACCCGGCCCUCAUCUGGGCCAGCCAAGCAUUAUUCAUUCUCACAGCUACAGCGACGACUACAGCCGCCAUAACCAGAGCGACUACGGGCGACGCCAGAUCUCCAUGCACAUGCAGGAGCAGCAGCAGAUGGCAGGCAUGGCAUCGCAGACUGGCACAUCUCAUUCAUCCCUCGCCACGCCUCCUUCCACCGUUCAACCUGUUCGUCAAAGCUCCAUGGCUCCUCCCACGCAGCGCAUGAAAUCACAACCCUCACAUCAGCUUUCUGUGAGCUCUGCCGCUGGUGCCCCUGCGUCCAAAACCAGGCCGCAGAGCGGAAACCUGCUCCAGUCCCCGGAGUCUGGCUUCGGGGGCCGGCAGCAGGGCCCUCGGCAGCAGCUGUCUGUCAAAGACAGCACUCCGCCCGGCCUGCCGCAUCAGCAGAGCUCCACCAGGGAGAGUCAGGGAUCCCAGGGCUCUCAGGGUGGGACGCCGCAGUCCACGCAGCAGUCCAAAUCACAUCAGGAACGGCAGCAGGUCCAGCAACAGCAUCUGCUCAAGCCUACUAUGAGCAAACAGGGCUCUUCUCAAUCUCCAUCCACCCUGAACCCGCAGACCCCUGCCUCUGAGCGGACAGUGGCCUGGGUCUCCAACAUGCCCCAUCUUUCUGCUGACAUAGAGAGUUCCCGCAUCGACAGAGAAGAGUUCAAGCUGAAGGAGUACUCCAAGAGCAUGGAUGAGUCCCGUCUGGACAGGGUGCGCGAGUAUGAGGAGGAGAUCCACUCACUGAAGGAGCGUCUGGUGAUGUCCCACCGCAAGCUGGAGGAGUACGAGAGGAGGCUGUUAACUCAGGAGCAGCAGACCAAUAAAAUCCUGCUGCAGUAUCAGAGCCGACUGGACGACAGCGAGAGGAGACUCCGACAGCAGCAGAUGGAGAAAGACAACCAAAUUAAAGGAAUUAUUGACAGACUCAUGGCGGUGGAGGACGAGUUGAGAGGGGGAGUGGUGCCUGAACACAAACCCAGAGUAUUUGCUGAUCAGGAAAAGCAGCUUUCCGCCUUGGGUUCAGCAGACCCCGGUGUGAGUUUUGGAGGAGAAAUGACCAGCGCUUCUGGCUUUGUUGGAGUCUCCCCUUCGGACAAAUCCUCCACCCGAUCCCCCCAGAAUGGAAUUGCGUCCUUCCCGUUAGUUCCCCCUCCUCGUUCAAUUCCUCACGCACAACUCUGGCCGAACGGCAACCAAAAAUCAGCAAUGGCAUCGAGGGCAAGUUUGGAGGGGGAGCAGGUCAAUAACAACGCUGACCAAAUCUGAAUUUUUUUUUUGGAAUUCCGAAGACAUUGUAAGGAUGAAAAUUCAGCAGUGUUUUUUUUUUUUUUUGGUACAUUAGACUGAGGACAAGUGGGAGGUGGGACACGUCAUUACUUGCACCAUCUAAAACAAAAGGGCUCUCCAUUGGAUUCGAUGUGUUAUUCUGAAAUCACGUUUUCUUUGGAUAAAAAAAGAAAAGCCCCUUGCACAUACAGUACCUCCACCAGGUCAUCCAAACCACUGGAAAGUGCUCGAUUCAGGUUCCAGGUUUUUUUGACUGAGCUCCCUCGUCUUGUGUAAAACCAAUUCCAAGAAGCUUGGAAUGACCCCGGGAAUGGUGGGCAAACAAACUACACAAACGUAUUUAGUGAUCAAAAUUUGACCCACGAACACAUGCCAGCUUUGUCAUGUCGUCUGGCUUCCCUAGUGCCUUUCUGUAUCUCCUGACAGGGUUUUUAAACGAACACGAGAAUAACGACAGCAGAAUUGCAGAAACGGUUGUGCAAACUCAUUUAGGAGAGAUCAAUGUGCUUUUCUGCUUCAAUGUGAUGCUGAAAAUGUCAAGCUUUGGAGUCCGAUCAUGGCUCGGGUUUUUGUGGACAAUGUCUGGAAGUGCUUGUGGCUUGAAUUGCCUCACUAGACUGAACUUGUGCAAUGUUUUCUCUUCUCAAUCUCAGAACCUAUGUGUACUUAACUGGUGCUAUGGAUUCUCUGUGUCACGUUCACCGCCUCCCAUUUUGUCAUCGUCUUAAAUGUUCAUAAUAUGUCUUGGCCCUCCCAUUCAUCUCCUUACAGGCCAAUUUUGACAUUCUUUCAGUGUGUGUGUGUGUGUGUGUUUGUGUGCAAUGUGAGGUGAGCGCGAGGUGAUCUCUGUCAGGUCAAAACCCUUUUUACUAAAACAAGAUGCUAGGCCAGAAUGCGGUUGUGGUUUUAAGGUAUUUUUAUACAAGAUGGGUAUUUUUGGAAAUUUCUAAUAAGCAGAACUUUGUGGGGGGGUUGUGGGGGUAAGGUCAAUAUGGAAGUCAACUUGAAAUCAACCAAUUUUAUGUCCAUAAAGUAAAAUGGGAAAUUUGACUACAUUUUACAACCUAUGGAAAUUGACUGAAGUGUAACAAUAGGUGUUAUUUACAAUAAUCCAAUCCAAUAGCUGAAGAAUAUAAGGAUUUUUUUAGGUCUUGUACAAAUGUGGUGCAAGCUAUAUUUUGUCAAAAUAAAAUACAUUUUAAUUCAGAACAGCAUGCACCAAAUUAUCAUAAAUAAUAAGACCAAGAAUGUGCACUGAAAAGUAAACAAACAUUUGCACCUUUUCUGCAUUUUGGCAGAGACUUUUAUUGAAAGCGACUUACUUUGCGUUCAAAAUAUACAUUUUUGCACUUCAUACUUUUAUCUGGGAAUCGAACCAAUGACAUUGAGCCUUUUUGGCCUACAUGAUUGCUACAAAUAAACUAAGCAGUGUCCAUUUUGAUUUUUCUUUAAAUUAGGAUCUCUAAAGUAGUUUUGGGCGGCACUGAAUGAUCCUUUUAAGAAAGAUUUUGUUAGACAACUCACUUGACAUAAAAUAAUCAGAACUAUGUACUGUACAGAAAUAUCGCUAGCUAUAAUCUUUCAUUUGAAUAUCACUGCCAUCUGAUACUGAUUGUAUUCCUCAUCGAUCACUACAGUUUUCGUUUUAUCGUUUGUUUUUAUGAUUAAUCGAUUCAUUGUCAUGUUUCUACAGACUCAAGACAUUCACGUGGCUUUGCUGAUAUACAAGUCAUUCAUUUGUAACCCAAUUCAUGUUGUUGCAUUGUAAACACUUCAAGUAGUUCUGUGUGUAACACAGCUACACUAACACAGCAGGCCUAGAUGAGAACGAGGAGGUUUCAAUCGUAACUGCACAAUAAAAUCAAAUCACUGAGCUGUACUGUAAUGUGUAAAGAUUGGGAAGGCACUAGAGAGGAGAAUGGACUGAUUGCCAUUAUAGCUUUUACAAGCUUUGAGGGCUAUCUUUAAGUGACUUCUACACCAUUUAGUAAUAAUAUACAGGCAAUUUUUGUUUAUGUCCCAAAAGCAGUUGAGAAAAAAUGGGAUAACAGGGUUAUCGGCUGAUAAAUGUGCCAUGACAUGAAUAUACCUCAGACGUAGAAUCGAAUGACUCAGGUAAACUUUCAAUUGCCUCACAGUUUAAUGCAAACUGAAAAAAAACACACACAUUUUAAGUUUAGAACUGCCUGUUUUGGUAGUUAGUCCAUUUCUUCUCUGAGAAAAGUAGCAGUGAUUGGUCAGCGGCUCAUCAAGCACCUCCUCUUUUCCCUGCAUCUCCAGCCAACAACAAAGCUUCAUGGAGGACAAUCUGGAACCUAAUUGGAGGCCUCACCUAGGACAUUCUUCAGGUUGGCCUGGGUUUAAUUCCAGGGCG